ACAGUGGCGGCACAGGCUGAGCCUCCGCACAGCCUGCUGGGGUCUGGGCUUCUUCCCCAUCACGCCCUCCUAGUUGCCCUAGUGACUGUGUGACCCCUCUCCCCCUACACUGCCUGCUGCUGCCAGGGCCAGCUGUAUAAAUAGAGGCGAGGAGCAGCUGGGCUCUCUUGGCAGUCACCAUGAGGGCGCUGGUCCUGCUCGGCUGCCUUCUGGCCUCGCUCCUGCUCUCAGGACAAGCAGAACUGCAAGUCUCCACAUCGGGUGGCACAGAAGAUGUUGGCAAUUUGUUGGAGAAUCAUUUCUCUGCCGGAGAUGCAAGUCUAGAGGAGAAAGAAAGGGGUCUGUAUGCAGACACAGCUCCUCAAGAUAAGAAUCUGCUCCACUACCCAGAUGGCAGGGAGUCCGAGAGCCCCAAGAAGACCCCUGCAUCUGCUGCCGGCCCGGGCUCUGAUCCUGAAGCCAGCCUCUCCAAUGCCUCAGCCACAGAGUCACCUCUACCCCGGGAAAGGGACAACAGGGAUGCUGCAGGGCCUGGGGACGAAAAGAACGGCCCACCAGCAGCAAGUGCCCUCCCUCCAGGAGGGCCCGAGGGGCCUGUGGAAGAGGAGCGGCCGGAGCCCAGUUCUGGAGAGGGGCUAGGAGAGGAGCCUGGGCUUGGGCUCCUCAUGGAGGGAGCUGCCGGUGGAGAGGCAGGAGGACAGGCUGGGGCCUGUGAACUCCCUGAUGCAGCCCAGGAGGUCCCAGGGGAUGGCCCUGUGCAGGGUGCAGUGGCAGGGAUAGCAGAGCCGGAGGCGGAGGGAGCCUCUCCUUGCUCAGAGGGUGAUGGGGUCCACUCACUGAACACAGAGGCCGAAGUUAGCCCUGGGCCUGGCCAGAAGCCUGCAGUGCCAGAGGGAGCCCCUGAUGUUGCGACUGUUGGGGGAGAGUCUGAGUUGGAUAUUGACACACAAGCCAGGAAGGGCCCCGAGGACCAGGGGGAGCCCAACCCAGCUGCAGGAGCCAAUGCGGAGUCUGGGGGCACCCAGAGCGCCGAGGCAGAGGACACUGAGAAGCAGGUCCCAGUGAUGACCGAGGAGGACGCAGAUGAGGCCUCCUCUGAAGAGGAAAGUGGUGAUGGAGGUGGAAGCGAGGAAGAAGGAGGCGUUCCCUCCGAAGAGGAGUCCGAAGAGGACAGCGGUGGUGGAGCUAGCUCAGAAGAAGCAGAGCAUACCUCCAAGGAGGCCGGGGAGCCCCAGGAAGCAGAGGAGCCCCAGAAGGCCAGGGAGCCUCAGGAGGCCAGGGUGCCCCAGGAAGCCCAGGAGUCCCGGGAAGCCGGGGAGCCCCAGGAAGCCGCAGGAACUUCAAGCCAGAGGGACAGAGGGGCCCAGCCUGGCUCGGAGGAAUUGAAUACAGAGCCUGCAGGCAGCGAGAUUCCGGACUUGAAGGCAGAGGAGCCUGAGGAGGGACAUCAGGGGAGGGGGAAUCCCAUCAUUGCUGCCCAGGAAGAGGCGGAGGAUGCGAAUGAAGAAGCCCCAUUGAGGGACCGCUCCCACAUCGAGAAGACCCUCAUGCUGAAUGAGGACAAGCCAUCUGACGACUACUCUGCGGUGCUGCAGAGGCUUCGGAAGAUCUACCACUCAUCCAUCAAGCCCCUGGAGCAGUCCUACAAGUACAAUGAGCUCCGGCAGCAUGAGAUCACAGAUGGAGAGAUUACCUCCAAGCCGAUGGUGCUGUUCCUGGGACCGUGGAGUGUUGGUAAAUCUACCAUGAUAAACUACCUCCUUGGGCUGGAAAACACUCGCUAUCAGCUCUAUACAGGCGCUGAACCCACCACCUCUGAGUUCACGGUCCUAAUGCAUGGGCCCAAGUUGAAAACCAUCGAGGGCAUCGUCAUGGCUGCUGACAGUGCCCGCUCCUUCUCACCCCUGGAGAAGUUUGGCCAGAAUUUCCUGGAGAAGCUGAUUGGUAUUGAGGUUCCCCACAAACUUUUGGAGAGGGUCACUUUUGUGGAUACACCAGGCAUCAUCGAGAACCGCAAGCAGCAAGAAAGAGGCUACCCCUUCAACGACGUGUGCCAGUGGUUCAUCGACAGAGCAGACCUUAUCUUUGUUGUCUUUGACCCAACCAAGCUGGAUGUGGGUCUGGAGCUGGAGAUGCUCUUCCGCCAGUUGAAGGGGCGUGAAUCCCAGAUAAGGAUCAUCCUCAACAAGGCUGACAAUCUGGCCACCCAAAUGCUCAUGCGGGUUUAUGGGGCCCUCUUCUGGAGCUUGGCCCCUCUUAUCAACGUCACAGAGCCCCCAAGGGUUUACGUCAGUUCCUUCUGGCCCCAAGCAUAUAAGCCAGACACCCACCGUGAACUAUUCCUCCAAGAAGAGAUCUCCCUCCUGGAAGACCUGAAUCAGGUGAUCGAGAACAGAUUGGAGAAUAAGAUUGCCUUCAUCCGCCAGCACGCCAUCCGUGUCCGCAUCCACGCCCUCCUGGUUGACCGCUACCUGCAGACUUACAGGGACAAAAUGACCUUCUUCAGUGACGGAGAACUGGUCUUUAAGGACAUUGUGGAAGAUCCCGAUAAAUUCUACAUCUUCAAGACCAUCCUGGCAAAGACCAAUGUCAGCAAAUUUGACCUUCCCAACCGCGAAGCCUACAAGGACUUCUUCGGCAUCAAUCCCAUUUCCAGUUUCAAACUGCUCUCUCAGCAGUGCUCCUACAUGGGAGGUUGCUUUCUGGAGAAGAUUGAGCGGGCCAUCACUCAGGAGCUUCCGGGCCUCCUGGGUAGCCUCGGGCUCGGGAAGAAUCCAGGUGCUCUCAACUGUGACAAAACAGGGUGUAGCGAAACCCCAAAAAAUCGCUACAGGAAGCACUAGGUGGUGUAGUGGUUCUUGGGUUCCUGUUGGUGAAUGAGCUUGUGUCCUAACUGUCUGAGAAGUCGAGGUUUAUUAACCCUUUGAGCCACACUGGCAGGAAUGAUUACACAGUGGAGAUCUUGGAGUUCAUUGAGGCCAGGGACCGGGGCAGGUGCGUGGGUCUCAGGAGGAGAGUGGAAACUGUGAAUUCUAGUGCGCUUGUCUUGUUGCUUCAAUGAGGAGGCCUGAUUGAGGCAAGUCAGCCUCCACCUGCUUUUCCUGGGUCUUGUCUUGGAAGGAAAGAGAGCAGCUAAAUUCUAGUUUAUCUGAAAUCAAUGAGGGUCAAAUAAGCUAAAAGCAGCCGGAAUUCCUUUGUCCCCUGGGAGCUGGGAAAACAGCAAAGGCCUGUGUUGUAGAGAUUGUUAGGUCCGUUUUGGCUUCUUUCCACGCCCGCAGGCUUGUGUCUGUUCCCCAGCCCUCGGCUGCUUCUUAACUUUGGGUUGGCUUUCAACCGUGAAUAAUCUCUUGGGUUUGAAUAUACCUGGGUUUUUUGUUUUUUUUUUGAGAUGGAGUCUCACUCUGUUGUCCAGGCUGGAGUGCACUGGUAUAUCUUGGUUCACUGUAACCUCCACCUUCCUGGUUCAAGUGAUUCUCCUGCCUCAGCCUCCCGAGUAGCUGGGAUUACAGGCAUGCACCAUCACGCCCAACUAAUUUUUGCAUUUUUAAUAGAAAUGGGGUUUCACCAUGUUGCCCAGGCUGGCCUCGAACUCCUGACCUCAAGUGAUCUACCUGCCUCGGCCUCCCAAAGUGCUGGAAUUACAGGCGUGAGCUGCCGCACCCAGCCUCUACCUGGGUUUUGAGCUGAUCCCCAAGACUUGCUCCUGGUUUCCUCAAGGUGGGACAGUGGUUUAGGACAGGAGACAACUAAGCACAGGAGUCCCCAGGUAAGGACGAGGAUCUGCCUUCCCCAGUGCCAGUUCUCUGAUGUGUUCCUCAAAGCCGGCUGGGGGAGCUUGAUCCCUUUAUCAGACCCAGGAGAGGGGAAGUGGUCGGUGUAUCCAGGUAAUUUACCUCUUGGAAGUGACUUUAGUGAAGGUCGUGGAAGGGCUCAGAGGGUUAAUUGGUUUGCAGUGUGUCUUUGUCUAUUGCAUGUCUUGGAAAACUCAAAUCCCAAAGGCAUUGGGUUUCAGAGAGGACAGUGGAGACCUUGCUCCUUUUCCUUAGGCCGUCAGUCUCUCCCAAUUUAAGAAGAGGCAGUGUCCACAACUCCUCUGUGGAAGCACUCCGCCGCGGAGUUGCUCCUUUGCGAUUUCUACACCAAGCUUUCCCUUUCCUUUCUUCUCCAUUCCCUGAUGCAUCAGCACUUAAAACUUGCAGCAGUUUCCAAGGAGUCAGAACCAGCACGAGCCACUCUGUGUUGGCGGCAACCAAGGGUUAACAUUGACCCUGAUGCAGAUGUCCGCUGAACACACUGCAGGAGAACCAGGGCCUUCAGUACCAAUGAGUGUGACUAUGUCUGUAUGUUGUCUGAGAGAGACGGGGGAGAUCACAGAGACUCGAGGGCUCAGAGAACUUGUUGUAAGAGUCUUACAAGGCUAGCAUGCACAACUCCGCAGAAGUUGGUGGGGAGCAGAGGCACAGGGCCCGCAGGGAAGCAGCAGCCUUUGGAUGGUGAAAUGUGCAUGAUGCACAGUCUAUGCAUGCCCAGGAGACCCAGCCCUGGUUGCCUUGAGGGGCUCCUUUGUGCAGAGCCAGCCACUUCUCUUGGGAACAAGCUGUCCUGGGGGCCUUACCUGCAAGGCAGGAGUCAGGAUGCACCAGCACCAGGAAGUCAUCCUGGACCAGAAGGAGGGUGGAAAGGCAGGCAGAGGGAGAGGCACGCUGAGGUCAGGCAGGGUAAGCCAGUUGGCAGUCAGGUUGGGUCUACAUGGAGAACCUCGAGUUAGGAAUUCCUGGUUCUCAGAAUCGUUAUCACUCUGGUACAUGCUGUCACAGGGGCCAUUGCAUUUGGCUUUGUGGAGGGCCUGGAACCUUCCACAAGAACACCCGAGGUUCCAGAGCACCCAGGACAAUGCUUUCCAAGGAACGAGUCAACCAGGAAAGAGAGUGAGUUCUGCAAGGGGCCUCCACGGAGCCUGUAAUAGGGGCUGAUGAGAUGGAAUCUCUCCUGGACUUUUCUUAUUAACCACCCUCUGCAAACCCCAGAAUACCUUGCCUCAUCUCUGUACUAUCUGCCCUCUUGGGGGAUGGGCCCUCCCACCUCUCCCCUGCCUGCAUCUCCAUGCCCUGAGCUGCUUUGGCAGAUCUGUUUUUCUGUGCAGUCAGGGGGAAAAAAAGCCACAAAAAAAAACGCACAACUGUGUGGGCAUUGUCAUAGCUGUUGAUGUCUCCACUGCUUUGGGGGAAAUGGCUGGGAUGAAGCUAAUACAUUCAUGCAAUAUUUAUAUUUUCAGAGGCUAUGUUAUCAGCAUGCUCUCGCUGCCUUGGCCUUUUCUUUCCGUCAUCUGUUUUCCUGUUUGUGUUCCUUCUCUCUUUGACUUCUCUUCCCUUUCUCACUGUCAGACUUUCUUGUCUCUGCUGCUCACAGGCCUGCCCAUCAGUCAGCACAGUUAUUUAGUAUCUGGGUUCUGGCGAGCUCUGUGGAAGGGGCUUUGAGCAGAAUUCUGACUCUCUGGGGUGGGGGUUAGGAACUGGGGGAAACGUAAGGAUCCAGAGAUUCCCCGAAGAGGAGUGUCUGGAAGGAUCUGUGCCUGGACAGUGGCUGAACCUUUCCAGUGUUCUUUCGGUUCUGAUUUCAUCAGUCUCAAUAAAGUUCCGACCUCUCUUUAA